GCGAAGUGUCGCGCGGCUUGCGGCGCAGCUGGUGUGUUCUGCUUUUGCUAGUCUGGACUCCAAAAACCAGGGCAGCGUCGGCGUGUUUCUCUGCAAUGGCCGGACAGCAGUUUCAGUACGAUGACAGCGGCAACACAUUCUUCUACUUCCUCACGUCCUUCGUGGGACUCAUCGUCAUCCCGGCCACCUAUUACUUCUGGCCCCGGGAUCAGAACGCGGAGCAACUCAGAUUAAAGGCUUUGAGAAGAGUACAUGGGAGAUGUUUAUGGUACCGGUUGCGGUUGAUGAAAUCACAACAAAGCAUUAUACCAACACUAAAGAAAGUUGCCCUACUUAUAGGGUGGGCAGUAUUUUUGUUCCUCGCCUACAAAGUUUCAAAAAUAGACAGAGAAUAUCAAGAAUACAACCCCUACGAGGUCCUAGGCUUAGACCCGGGUGCAUCUGUCUCAGAAAUUAAAAGACAGUACCGACUGCUGUCUCUCAAGUUCCACCCAGAUAAGGGAGGAGAUGAAGUGAUGUUUAUGAGGAUUGCUAAAGCUUAUGCAGCUUUAACAAAUGAAGAGUCUCGGAACAACUGGCAAAUGUACGGCAACCCAGAUGGUCCGCAAGCUACAAGUUUUGGUAUUGCUUUACCUGCUUGGAUUGUGGACCAGAAAAACUCCAUGCUGGUCUUGCUUGUGUACGGACUAGCUUUUAUGGUUAUCCUACCUGUUGUCGUGGGUACGUGGUGGUAUCGGUCAAUACGCUACAGUGGAGACCAGAUUCUUAUCAACACAACACAGCUCUUCAUGCACUUUAUGUAUAAAACUCCAAACAUGAACAUGAAACGCCUUGGAAUGGUUCUGACAGCAGCCUUUGAAUUUGACCCACGCAGUAACAAGGAGGCAACAAUUAGACCUACAGAUAACACUGAAGUUCCUCAGCUCAUUCGGGACCUUGGAAAUAUCAAUGUCAAGAAGAAGGAGCCUCCAUUUUGCUACCCGUACAGUCUGAAGGCCCGAGUCCUUAUGCUUUCUCAUCUUGCCAGAAUGGAGGUGUCUGAGAACACAAUAGAAGAUCAACGGUUUGUUGUAAGAAAGAGCCCUGCACUGCUGCAAGAAAUGGUUAACGUCGGCUGUCAGCUUACUAUGAUGGCAAAUAGCCGUGGGGGAUUUCAUGCCCCUCGCUUGGUUUCCAUUGAGAACUGUAUGAAACUUUCCCAGAUGAUCGUGCAGGGUCUACAAGAGUCCAAAUCUCCAUUGCUGCAGCUCCCCCACUUUGAAGAGGAGCAUCUGAGAUACUGCGUAUCUAAAAAAUACAAAGUUAGAAGCAUCGUGGACUUGGUUAGUUUGAAAGACUCUGACCGAAGGAGUAUGCUGCGCUUCCUUGGGGAGGAGAAAUAUGAUGAAGUUAUGGCAGUUCUUGGAAGUUUUCCCCACAUUACAGUCGAUAUAAAACUUCAAGUGCUAGAUGAUGAGGACAGCCAUGACAUUACAGCAGGGUCCAUUGUUACAGUCACUGUCACACUAACAAGGAAAAGAAUGCUGGAUUUCUUUGAGAAGGAGCAGGAACAAGUGUGUGUACCAGAAGAUCCUAAUACAGAAGAGGGGCAAGGAGAUGUUGGCAAAAACAAAAGCAAGGUAUGGCAGAAUAAGAACAAAGCUGCCAAGAAGACAUCAAAGUCAAAGAAAAAGAAAUUGUCUAAGAAGAAGACCCCUUCUCAGCCACAGAAACAGGACAAGCAGAAACAAGCGAAUGGGACAGUCGCUGGCAAUGAGGUUGUACCUUCGACUAAGGAGGAAGAGGAGGAGAUUACGGACAAGGGUAGUGAUUCAGAGGAGGGGGAGACCAACAAAGACUCUCCGAGUGAGAGAGAUGAUGAGAGUGACAAACAGAGCGACACUGAACCAGACGAAAUGGGUGGGGAUGAUGAAGAGGAGUGGAAAGCACUACAGCAAAGUAUCCAACGAAGAGAAAAGGCCCUUUUAGAGACUAAAUCAAAGAUCACACAUCCUGUUUAUAGCUUGUGUUUCCCUGAGGAAAAGCAGGAAUGGUGGUGGCUUUACAUUGCAGACAGGAAAGAACAGACUUUAGUAUCUAUGCCCUACCAUGUCUGUACACUUAAGGACACAGAAGAGGUUGAACUUAAAUUCCCUGCACCGUCAAAACCUGGAAAUUAUCAGUACUCUGUGAUUCUAAGAAGUGACUCAUUCAUGGGAUUGGAUCAGAUAAAGCCAUUGAAGCUGGAGGUCCACGAGGCAAAGCAGAUGCUGGACAACCAUCCCCAAUGGGACAUCCCAGAGACCGAAGAGGAAGAGGAGGACCAGGAGGACAGCGACGGCAUCGAGGAGAGUGAGGAGGAAGAGGAAGACAACGAUUAAACAGAACGAUUGUAAUGGACUACUGUCUCUGAUUUUUAAAAAAAACUAAACAAUGUUGUUGCACACAGUUCCGACACCUGCCAUUAUAUUUCUCUGUCCUCCCUUUUUUUAUUUUUUUAUAAAUAUAAAUGGCACCCCAACGUCAUAGUGAGGUCUGACAUUUAAGCUGUAGGUUUUGUGUGUGUACAAAUUCUGAUUGCAUCUCAUGUGGGAGAUUCUGACAACUCCCCUUCUGGCUGUGCCUAGAAAGAUGCCCAUAGCGUGCAUUAAAUAGAUACUUGUGACUACAAUGACUGUGUUAUUGGUAAUUUAAUUGGAAGUGAUGGUAAAGCUACUUUUCUUAAAGGAAAAUAGAAAUAAAUAAGAAUUGCCCUUGGUAGGGGUCUCCAUGUUUUUUUAGUAUUGUAUAUUUUGGUUGGAUGUACAGUGAGUCACAAACAUUUGGGUAAUGGCGAUCUUUUCUAAAAAUGGAAAAUAAGGGUCUUCUGCGUGUGCUCUCUUUCUUUUUGUAUUGCCUUUUUACAGCAGCACUGAUUUGAAAUAUAAUUUGAUGUGUUAGUUUGUGCCGAUGUUGUAACCAUGAAUACUAUAGUUUGACAGAUCGGCCACUCAAGAUGUUCCUUUCCUUCCCAUAAAACAGGUUACAUAUUUGCCAUGUUGAUGUCCGUCACAUAUCUUCAUUUAGUAGUACGUGGGACUGUGCAAGGUAUCUCCACAGGGAUUUAAAUGUUUUCACAGUAAGUUAUUGAGUUCAUAUAACACCUAAUUGUUAGAACUACAGUUAUAAAAUAGUGUGAUUUGUAAAGGGCAAUGUUGUUCAUUUCAUUACAAAAGUUUGGAACCCUUUAUGUAUUGCAAAAUUGAAAUUUGAAUUUAAUAGGCAUAAAGUUCAGCCUUAUAUUUAGGUGGUCUAGUAUUCAUGCUUAAUUUGAAAUCUUACAACAUAAAACACUCAAUUAAGCAUCAUGAGUCUGCUAUUGAAUUACAUUUUAGUAAGUGUCCAAAAUCCAUUUUGAAAGCAUUUUUCAAAUGUAUUCAGUCUUUUCCAAAUGUGAAAAGAAGUUCUAGUUAGUUGGCUUAAGAAAUUUGGUAAUGUGUUUCACAAAAGCAAUAAAGCUAGACUAGCACUUUUACUAUAUGCAUGGGAUUAUAGCUCAAUAUAAUCAACAAGCAUUUAUGAAAAAAUGCAUUGUUGCAGAUACCUUAUUUUCAUUGGUUAGCAUGAUUGCAUAAUGUAGUAGGUACAUUCCAGGUGGCUUAGAGUGUUUGGAAUAUCAGUAGUGCUGUCCACGGAUAUUGUCCAUUUCACUUUUUCCCUUUCCUUUAUUGAGGUGGAAAUGAGCCCUUUAAGGACUUUGGAGAUCCUUGUAUUAUUUUUCAAAAGGCUUUUCAAAUCCAAGUAAAUUAAGUUUUCAGGAUUUAAUAGUUUAGAUAUACUGUACGUUUGAACUUUGGAGGCACUAUAGUGGGAACCCUUUUCAGAUGUGCCAGAAAGCAGUGACCUAUAAUUCUUUAAAAUUCAUCUACCAAGUGUAUUGUUUUACAUGACUGAAAUUAGUUGGGUUUUUUUUUGGUUCUUUUAAAGUGGGAUAGUAUCAGGCAAAAGCAGGGUUAUAAUAAAAAAAGCAUGCUAUCCUUUCCAAUCAUGUAUUCCACCACUGCAGAAUAUAUAUAUAUAUAUAAUAUAUACAUGCACACAUAUAUACAUAAACACAUACACACACGGAACACAUUAUCAUCCAAUUCAAGUUAUAUUUUUGUAGGGUAAGGAUACAAUUAAUAAAUUAUGUAUUGGAGGAUAUAUAGUGGCACAAACACUGGUGUGGAUGUGUUUUGGGGAAUUCCUGUGGAAAAGAAUGUGGGACCAUUUAUUAACUUUUUAAAACUCAUCUGCUCUAAUAGCUUUCAGAUACUAAUAGUUCUAGGGCUGGUGUUAAAUACAACUGUAACCGAUUUAAGCCACGGGGGGGAAAAAUAUGCAUCAGUUGAUUUAAGGCAAUAUUGAAGUUCUGUCUGUAAUGUAAAUGUCAGCAAAUUAAAAGUUCCCUGGUUGAAAGCAAGACUCGCUAGCUGUGACAAGCUGAUUCUUGUGGUUCCUUGUGAUUUAUAUAUACAGCAAAAAAAAUAAUUUCAGAUUCCAGAAGACUAGACUUUCUUUCACAUCUGAUCUUUAUAUACAAAAAAGGAUGGGGUUUUUGGGGUUUUUUUUAAUGACUUUUUUCAAAGGUCUUUCUCGCUUGUUAAGUAGCUAUUGCAGAAGUCUUGCAGACGGGUCUGUUUGUUCCUUAUGGAGAUUAACUGUAAAAAGGGUGGAAAACUCUUUCAAAAUUUUGCAUUACUAGUGUUGUAUCUGAAAUCGGUAUAAAUAUUGUACUGUUCAUUUAAGUUAAUUUUGUAGGGCAAAAACCAAACUCUACCAUAUACUAUGUGUUGCAAAAUAUAAUUUACACCUAGAAAUAGACCUUGUUGGGGGAAAGUAUUGUAAGUAUUACUGAUCUGCAAGAUGCAGCAUUAGUUAACAUGCUGGGUGUUAAAAUACACCACAGUACCUUCAACAAAUCAGCUGCAUCCUGUCUUUUAAUAUUGCAGGCCAAAAAUGAAUAAUUGCCCAAUAUUACAGUAUCUGCCAAUUUUGUUUACAAGAAAAUCGUCAUUGUAAAUGGGAAAUAUAUCAUUAUAUAUUCUUUGUAUUUAAAUAGUUGCAAAUAAAAUGGAAAGACUUUUUAAACUGAAA